CGCUGUAGAGAAGGGGGGCGAUGGGGGGCACAGCCCCUAUAGAUUUUUAGGAAGAUUUUUGGGGGCUAUACCCCCCCUAAUUGUUCAAACUGUCUUAAAAUUUUUUUUUAUCUUGUCGAGUCUUACUGUUAUAUUGUAUUAUUCCCUGCUAAAUAAACACACAUUGGGGUGAUAAUUCCGUUAUUAAGUCUUCUUUGGAAAUUCUGCCCAUUGGGGCCAUAUGAACAAACACACAAGAAGGAAAGAAAUUCCUGAAAGAAAUCUAACCUCGUAAUCACGCCCAAAGCAAAAAGGCCUAAGCAAAACAAUGUGAAUUUCUUUGGAGACUCAAUGAACAGCAGGUAAACAAAUCGUAUAAAAACAUGAAUAAACGCUCUUAUAAUACUGAAAGAGUUUUGAAUUACUUCACUGUAAUAAAAAAGCCAAAAGUUUCAAACUCUACGGAUGUUCAAGAAAAGUCAUCUGAGCUCGAAAACCAUGAUGAAGAACAAGGGCGAAAUGACAUUAAUUUCUAGGAUGACUAAUGAGCAGACAAUAACAGAGAAAUGCAUAAGAACUACAUACUACAUUGGAAAAGAGAAAAGGCCUUACUCCGAUUAUGAGCAACUGAUUGGUCCUCAGAUUCAAAAUGGGUUAGAUAUGAGAAGAACGUUGCAUUCCAGAUGGUCAUGCACUGAAAUGAUUGAUGUUGCUUCAACGACAAUGAGGGAAUCAUUAGCUAAAGAAAUUGUGGAUAACGAAAGAAAAAUGUCCUUGAUAGUAGGUGAGUCAACAUCUGCAGCAAAGGACUCGUGUUUGAUCAUUUAUCUUCGUGCAUUGUUAAAUGGAUCACCAGAAAAUAUUCUUUUGAGUAUGAUUGAGUUCCAGGGACAAGAUGCAGACAGUGUAACUUGUGCUAUAGUAAAAGUCCUUAACGAAAACAAGAUCACAGAUGAGUAUCGCACAAAUAAUCUCGUGGCAUUUACCAGUGAUGGUGCAUCUGUAAUGACAGGGGUAAACAGGAGAGUCGCAACCAAAUUGAAAGAGAAAUAUUCACAGAUAAUUACAUGGCAUUGCUUGAAUCACAGGUUAGAGUUGGCGGUUGGAGAUGCAAUAAAGUCAGUUAAAGGUGUUAAUCAAGUGGAAGCUUUCGUUUCAAAGAUUUACUGCGUAUAUUCACAAUCACCAAAAAUGCAGAGGGAAUUAAGCAACAUUGCUAGUGGUAUCGAUACCGAGCUUCGAAAGGUUGGCAGAUUAUUGACAACAAGAUGGGUGGCAUCUUCAUACAGAGCUGUUGCAUCUUUGGGGCAAAAUUAUUCUGCAUUAUUGAAGCAUUUUGAAAAAGUGGCAAAUGCAUCAGAAAAUUCAGAAAAUGCUAUGUAUAAAGGCCUAUUGUGCACAAUGCAAACAAAACAGUUUGCUGAAGAUAUUGGUUUGUUAAAAGAUUGUUUAGGUCAAUUAGCUAUACUUUGAGAGUCCUUGCAAAACAGAGACACAACAAUAAUUUAAGCAUCUUAUUAUUUGAAGUGGACAUUGAAUGCUCUAAUAAAGAUUAAAGAUUCCUUGACAGAAAAGUAUUCUUUUGAGUUCCUUACCAGUCCAAAAAUGUUUUAAGGUAUUGUGCUCAAGACAGCACAUUCAAGCAGACGUGAAAAUGCAUCAUUUGACCAUGAGCAAUUUGUACAAGCUCUUGUUGACAACGUCAAAGCAAGAAUGAUAAAUGAA